AUGCCAGGCUUCCGGCGCAAGAUCACAAAACACUUUGGAGAUUCACUCACGCCUUCAAAACCAUAUCUCUCCUACCAUGACAUUCUCCUAACGAGUGACGAUAUCGUCUCGCUCAAAUAUGACUGGCUUACCGAUAACAAUAUUGCCUUUUGGGAAGAAUGGCUCGAGAGAGAGGUCCUCCCCAAGUACCCGCGCGCCCACAUCGUCCUUCUACGACCUAGCAUCACGUUUCUCCUGAUGCAAGCAAUCGACCUCAAAAGCAUCGGCAGCGCCCUGCCAGACUUCAAGAAAACGACGCACAUCUUCCUUCCCGUCAACGACAGCCGGGACCGCGAGCGCGCCGACGGCGGUUCCCAUUGGUCGCUGCUCGUCGUGUCCGUCAUCGACCGUGUUGCAUUCCACUACGACUCGCUCGGUGGUGCAAACUUUUACGAAGCCCAAAAGUGUACCGAACGUCUCGGCCGGGUGCUCGGCCAGCCCCUACGGUUCCACCAGAUGGAGGACUCGCCCCAGCAGGGCAACAGCAGCGACUGCGGCGUCUACGUCUGCAUCGUCAUGCGCCAUCUGCUCAUCAAGAGGCUCCUGAACGCCAACUCGAACGAAAAGGUGUCCAUGUCCAUGGCCAACAAGGUGAUCGACAGCUCGGGCGGCCGCAAGGAGAUGAUGCAGAUCAUCGAGUCGUUACGGAAGGAAGGCGAACGAAGACGGAGCUUGAGCCCCAUGUCGACAUCGUCGAAAUCCGGAUCGUCAAAGACACCGCCCCGCAUUGAGUAG